AUGUUGUCCCUUAACAUCCCUUCGUACUCCGACCCAUCCGGGUACAUCCUGUCCGACCUACCUAAGCCGGAAAUCACCGACUCCAAGGAUGUGGUUAUCAAGGUACAUGCUGCUAGUGUUAAUCCGGUCGAUGUGAAGAAGGCAGAUGGCGUCCUCAAAAUGGCACUCAAGGACACGUUCCCCUACAAGAUCGGGUAUGACUGCGCCGGAAUAGUCUCUGAAAUCGGGAAAAGUGUGUCUCGGUUUAAAGUUGGAGAUGAGGUUUAUGUUAGAUUACCGGAGUCACAUCGAGGAGCAUGGAGCGAAUAUGCUAGAUGCCCGGAAGAAUUUAUCGCUCUGAAGCCCCCGUCGUUAUCGUUUGAGAGUGCAGCCGCCAUUCCACUAGCAGCGACAACGGCGUUUCAGGCACUACAAAAAUAUAAUGGGGACCUCACGGGCAAGACUGUCUUCGUACCCGCUGGCUUAGGCGGAGUCGGCCUAUAUGCGCUCCAAUUAGCAAAACAUGUCUUCCACGCAGGCAAUGUGAUUACGACUGUCUCUACAUCAAAAAUCCCUAAAGUGGAGGAAUUGUUAGGAAAGGGAACCGUUGACCAGAUUAUCGAUUACAAAAAGUCUGAUCCUAAGGAUGUCAUUCCGCACGGCUCGGUUGACUUUCUCUUCGAUACUAUGGCCGUUUCCAUGGAGUAUUUGUGUCUUAUGCGACCGAAGACCAGCCGCAUCGUGUCGAUCUCAACCUUGCCAUCGGGAACCCUGCUACAAAAUUCUUCAGUGAUGAGGCUUCCCGACCGUCCAACUCUUCCCUUCGCCUACAAGGCGGUGUUGAAUGUGUUAGAUGCAACCCGCAGGCUGCGUGCGCGACGGUACGGCGUGGAGUAUUCCUAUAUGUUCCUUGAGCCGAGUGGGAAUGACUUGGACACUUUACGGGAAUAUAUCGAGGAGAGGAAAUUGAAAACGGUGAUUGGUACUACAGUUAAUCUACGGGACAUACAAGAGGUGCGAAAGGCUUGCCAGAUUGUAUAUGGUGGCCAGGGUGGUCUUGGUAAGGUGGUCAUCAGGGUUGCGGAAUCUGAUCCAUAG